AUGGCCACCGCCGCACAACUUAACGACAACGCUUUGGAGAAACACAUGAUAUUUCUGUGUCCGGAAUGUGGCAAACAUAGUACCACACAAGUUGAAUGGCGAAGACACAUCAACAACAUCCAUGGCUAUGCCCAUAAAACAUCCAGUGAUUUUAAUUUCAAAGAAAUUGAUAGCAAUCAUCAUGAAUGUCAAAUUUGUCUCAAAUGGAUACCCAAUGGCCAUCAAACUCCUGCGGUAUUGCAGUAUCAUCGUUUCAAUCAUUUGCCAUAUCCAAAAAUCUAUCGCUGUAAACAUUGUCGUGGGUCAUUUUAUCGAAAACGGUCGCUGAUUGAUCAUCUGCAUCGUAACCACGCGGCAUUGGUGAAUAAGGGAGCAAUUGUGCAAAGCUCAAAUAGUGGAAAUGACAUUAAAAAUCCCUUGCGAGAUCCAUGCAUAAACAAGGAAUUCUACAUACGUUUCCUGUGUCCCUUAUGCGGCAAAUUGUUUGAACGUUAUCACAUUUGGUUGUUACAUUUGGAUUCAGCACAUCCCAGUACAUCGGUAGACUUGAAAAUGAAUCGUAUAACUGGUACGAAUAAUUAUUAUUGUAGUACAUGUUCGUUUACCCUGAAGGACGGCCCCAGUCGUAGCCAGUUGCAAAGACAUCAUUUUAGCCAUUUACCAUACCCCUCCUACUUCCAGUGUGCAUUUUGUUACAGCCGCAAGGAAUACAAAACGGAGUUACUGCUCCAUUUUAUGAAAUAUCACACAAGGGAAUUUUUUAAAUAUAAAAAGUACAUUGUUAUACCCGAUGAAUGGGGUGGUUGCGCGGAUAGAAAUACCAUAACAGAAAUUCAACGUCUCUUGGGAGAAGCUCAGCCCAAAAGUGAUAUAUUACAGAAGGCCCUGCUUGACAUUAACUUGGAGGAUGAAGGUAAUUCUGAUCAUGCAUCGAAAUUUAAUCACGAAAUGGCAUUGGAUCAAAGUCUGAAUUCUGGCAUUGUUGUGCCCCAUAACAACAGAACACCGCUCUCUAACAAUAGAAGUAAAACGACGACUAUACAAUUUUCCGAUAUAAGUGAACAGGAUUUGGAAUCCAUAUGCCAGGAAAUGUUUGAAGAAAUUCCAGAUUCCAACGGAUUGUUAACGGAUAAUUUCAAUCUGACCAAACAAAUGCAAAAAUACAUACACUACCUAUGCCCGGAGUGUGGUAAUGAAUUCAACGAUCAAAUCACUUGGCGUUCUCACGUCUACGAGGCCCACAAUCUGAUAAAUGCUGUACAGGCGAAAUUCCGUCCACUUAAUAGUCUGAAGACAAUGUAUUUAUGUCUGGUGUGCCAUCAAAUUCUGAAGACAUCCAAACAUGCCGAUUUGCGACGUCAUCAUUUUCAACAUAUGCCCUUUCAGUCGUAUUUGAAAUGUAUCAUUUGUAGUAAAACGAAAUCGAGUAAACCGAAAAUGGUCCAACACAUGGACUAUGUACAUUUAAUGCAUGCCCGGCGAGAACUGAAUGCUGAGCAGAUGAGAAAACUUGCCAAGAAAUAUCCGUGCCUACAAUGUGAUAAAUCGUAUACGACGUUGGCUCGUUAUCGCACCCACUGUCGUGUGUGCCCGAAAAAUUUAAAACCUUUGCCGAAGGUGAAAUGUAAUAUUGCUGAAAAUCAACGAUUAUUGGAACAUUUAAAGACGGCCAGUGAGCGUUUGGAUAAUAUGUUAAAGGAAGCCGGCCACCAAUCUAUAGCAUAA